AUGGAGGCCUUGCAGACGCGGCAUCGGAAAGAGCAGCGGGAUUUACAGAGCCGCGUUACGCAGAAGAAGAAGCAGGCUAGUAAGAAGACGCGGAAAGGCGUGAAUGAGGAAUGUGAGAGAUUGGAAGCGGAGUUGAAGGAGAGGCAGGAGAGGGAGGUUAGAGGGUUGAAUGGAGAGGUCGGAGAUGGAGAGGGAGAGGGAGAUGGAGAUGGGGGGGAUGUUCCAAUUGAGGAAUUGGAAGACCUCACAUUGAAAAUUGACAAUGAGGAUGAGGCCAGAGAACCCGUCAGUCCUCCCGCAGGGGUUCAGGACAAUUCUUCUUCUCCAUCACAGCAACCCCAAACCGCAGCGAAGAAACGCAACCGCCAAAAAGACCGCCUCGCCCGCCGCGCCGCCGAACAAGAACACCUCUCCCGCCAAGCCGCAGAAGAAGCCAAAAACCUCCCGGAUCUCAAACAGCAAGAACGAACCCGCAUGCUCGCAGCAAUGGCAUCCCAUAAUCUCAUCGAGCGCGAAAUCAGAGCCGACGGACAUUGCCUCUACUCCGCCAUCGCCGACCAGCUCUCCCACCUUUCCAUCCCCUUACCGGACGAGGAGAACCCCGCGCCGCAACAAAUCGCAUACAGAUCCGUCCGAGCCAGAGCGGCCGACUACAUCGCAGCCCACCCGGAGGACUUUGCGCCCUUUCUCGAGGAGCCAUUGGCGGAUUACGUGCACAAGGUGAGGGAUACGGGGGAAUGGGGCGGGCAGUUGGAACUCAUGGCUCUGGCCAAGACGUAUGGGACGGAUAUCAACGUUCUGCAGGACUUUGGACGCGUCGAAAGGAUUGAAUCGGGCUGCCACAAUGCUGAUGAUGAUAAUGAUGAUAAAGCGGAGGAGAAGGCAAUGUGGCUGGGCUACUACAAGCACGGCUUUGGGCUGGGAGAACAUUACAACAGCUUGAGGAGGAGGAAAGUGCCCUGA